AUGUCGCAUAUGCCGCAAGAAGCACCACACGCUACUCCACCAAACAGUCACAACCGCGGAACCCACCUCGCGAAGGGCGACAGAGUCUUCCCAGUCGACGGAGACAACACGGCAGCCGAUUUGACUAACACCGGAAGCUGCGACGGGAAUAAGCGGUAUUAUCAACCUGUCGCUUGUCGGACACUCAUUGACACUUGCGCCUCGACCAAUUUUAUGACCGAGACCCUCGCCAAAAGGCUAGACAUUCCGUUAGGAAGGUGUUCAGUUCCCAUCGGAGCACUCAAUACUAUGACCACAAUGUCAAAGCAUACAAUUACAGCGACAAUUCAAUCUAAAACCAACACGUACAACCGGACAUUGACCUUCCUAACGAUACCUACGAUUUCCGCCUUCAUUCCAGACCAACCUAUUGACCGCGCGCCCAUAAAUAUCCAAAACAUACAAUUAGCAGACCCAACAUUUCAUAUACCUGCACCUGUCGAUCUAUUAUUAGGCGCCGGAGUAGCAUUGUCCUUAUUAAGUGUCGGGCAAAUAAAUUUAUCACCUACCAACGGUCCAGACUUGUUCUUGCAAAAAACCAGACUAGGAUGGAUAAUCGGGGGGAGUCUGUCGGCGACAACGACAAUACAGGACGAUUUGGCGCGUUUCUGUGAGUUAGAAGAAGGACCCCAAAUUCAACGACUAUCAGACGCCGAACGGAUCUGCGAGGAGCAUUUCCAACGAAAUAUUCACAGGAAUCCCGAUGGCAGAUACGUAGUAGCACUCCCGUUCAACGACAAGCUGCCGCAACUUGGGGAGUCCAAAUCUAGGGCGUUAAAACGCCUGUUCGUUUUGGAACGCAGGCUGCAGCACGACCAAGGUUUAUCGCAACAAUAUCGGUCUGUACUGCAGGAGUACCAGGACCUAGGACACAUGUCAGAGAGACAAGAUACCGACGAAAUCAGCGACGGUAUUAUCUAUCCCAUCACGGGGUCACGAAGACUUCCAGUGACACCACGAAGUUACGGGUGGUGUUCGACGGCUCCGCAGCAACAACAACAGGCGUUUUGCUUAACGAGACGUUGCACGUUGGACCGAAGGUUCAAGACAAUUUAUUAUAUAUCCUCAUUAGGUUCCGAAGUCACCGUUACCUUUGGACUAUCCGCCGCUCCGUACUUGGCCAUUCGCUGCCUCUCGCAAUUGGCUCAAGACGAAGGACACCGAUUUCCAGAUGCCGCGCAGAGUCUGGUAAGGGACUUCUACGUAGACGACCUACUAACUGGAGCACCAACGGUAAAGGGAACCUUGGCCUUGCGAGACCAAAUGAUCCAGCUAUUAAGUUCAGCCGGGCUACAAAUACGACAAUGGGCUUCAAAUCACAAGCCACUCUUACAUGGAUUACCCGAACAGCACAUCAAUAAGAGACUUCACCUGGGGGAGUCCUCGACAAUAAAAACAUUAGGCGUUGUCUGGGAUUCCACCGAUGACACAAUUCGAUAUUCCGUGACCAAUGUUACACCCACGAAAUCCGUUACCAAACGGUCUAUCAGUUCUGUCAUCGCGCGAAUUUACGACCCUUUGGGUCUUCUCGGACCAGUUAUAAUUGUCGCGAAGAUUUUAUUGCAGAAGAUCUGGACAAUGAAGAUUGAUUGGGACGAGUCGCUGCCAAUGACCGUACACACUGAAUGGGUGCAGUUUUGUACGCAAUUACCUUUAUUAAAUAACGUCACGUUUCAUAGGAAUACACUCAUCAAUGAACCAACAUCCAUCGAAUUACACGGCUUCUGUGAUGCCAGCGAACGAGCAUAUGGGGCCUGCAUCUACCUUCGUUCAAGGAAUGCGGACAGGCACUAUCAGGUUGAACUCUUGUUGGCAAAAUCUAAGGUGGCUCCGCUAAAAACCCAAUGA